AUGCCGAACCUCCGCUGCUGCUCGUCUUCCUCCCUCUCGCUGCCCGCCGAGAGCUACAUCUACCAGCUCUGUGCGGCGGGCCCGGCGUCCCUUGCAGCCAUCUCGUCAGAUAACUCGCUACGCCGCUUCGACCGCAGCUCCCUGGCGCUUCUGCCGGACGGACUGGUCAAGGAGACCCAUGCGGCGGGCGUCAGCUCGCUUUGUGCUGCUGGUGAUGGGCUGCUGGCGACCUGCGGGAAGGACGGGACGGUCAAGCUCUGGGACGCUCGCCGGGCUGGCACCGUAGCUGUCUUUCAAGCCGGUACACCCAUAUACCCCUUAGUUAUUGACUUGACUGUGGAUAGAUGGAUGCUAAUUGGAGUAGAUAAAGGCAUGCCGUUGCUCUCGUUGGCCUGUAAUGCGUCUUCUCAUUCAAUUGUUGCUGGCACGGAGCUGGUAAAGCCAGACGCCUUUGUCCUAUUUUGGUAUAUCUCUACCCAUAUACCCCAGAUAUUAAAGGGACUACUGCUGUACGGACAACUAACACGAAAUAGGGACAUGCGAUCACCAGGAAAGACAUGUCGUCAGUACGUUGAAAGUCACAACGACGAUGUCACAGAGAUCCAAUUUCACCCAUCUCGCCCUUCAGUACUCCUAUCAGGCAGCACGGAUGGCCUGGUAAACAUAUAUGAUACCACAGUCCCCGAGGAAGAGGAUGUUUUGGUACAAGUAGUCAAACAUUCUUCCAUACAUCAUGCAGGGUUCAUGCAAGAUAAGGCAGUCUACGCCCUGUCUCAUGAUGAGAUGUUCUCCAUCCAUCCAGUAACCUCUGCAGAUGAAGACAAUACCCCCGCUAAUGAGGUCAAGGCCGUUGAGUUUGGGGAUUUGCGGCCAGUGCUAAAGGCAGAGUAUGUGGUGCAGGUUCUGGUUGAUGCAGCUGGGAGCUAUGUUGCGUCCGGCAGGACAAGGUUGGUUCCCUUCUCCUACUACUUCUGUACUUUCAAGACCAUGCUAAUGAAUGGUAAACGCAGUGAUCGAAGUCUAUCAUUGACGCCGCUGGUGCAUACGCCGGAGUUUCAUUUUGAGCAGUCGAAUUCGUGGAUGCUGCCGGGCGCUCAUGGGGAAGAAGUAGUUCGUUCAGUACUGUUUGACAGCGAGUCACGGACGGUCUAUACAUGCGGUGAAGACGGUCAUGUAAGGCUGUGGAAGGAGGAGUCUGCUCCAUCCGCCGAGCUUUCGUCUAUACGGCCUACCAAACAGCGCAAGGAAAAGGGGUACAAACCAUACUAA